AUGAUUCUUACCCUCUUUAGAAACCAUGGUUUCACCGAAACACAGAUUUCAAUGCUCAUCAGAAAGUGCCCAACUUUGCUCCUGGCCAAACCUACGGAGACCCUUCUUCCGAAACUUGAGUUCUUCCAUUCCGUGGGUGUUCAAAACUCUGACCUUGCCAAAAUCCUCUCCAGAGACCCAGGGGUCUUGUACUCUAGCUUAGAAAACCAAAUCAUCCCUGCUUUUAUUUUCUUCAAGAGUUUAGUUGGGACUGUGGAGAAUGUUGUUAUUGCUUUAAAACGUCAAACCCGUUUCCUCAAAUGUGAUAUGCAGAAUCUGGCUCGAAAUAUUGGAACUUUGAGAGAAAAUGGAGUGCCUGAGUCUAAUAUCCUGACGUUACUAACUUACUAUCCCAAAACUAUCACACCUAAAAAUGAUAGGUUCAAACAGCGAGUUGGGGAAAUUAAGCAAAUGGGUUUUGACCCUUCGAGAUGCCCGUUUGUGAUUGCUCUUGUUGGGUUAUCAUCAAUGAAUGAAUCGACAUGGAAGCAGAAAUUGGAAGCUUUUGGAAGUUGGGGUUUGUCUAAAGAUGAUACUGUCUCGGCGUUUAGGAAGUAUCCCUGGUGUAUGUUGCUGUCUGAGAAGAAGAUAAUGGGACAGAUGGACUUCUUGCUGAAUAAAAUGGGUUGGGAAUUGGCAGAUAUUAUGAGGACCCCACAAAUUCUCGGGUUUAGCUUGGAGAAGAGAGUUAUCCCAAGGUGUUCAGUUCUUCGAGUUCUGCAAUUGAAAGGUCUAGUGGAGAGAGAUCAGAGUAUAGGAAGUGUGUUGAUAAAGAGUAAUGAGUCCUUCAUGGAGAAGUUUGUGAAGAAGUACGAGAAAGAAGUUCCUCAACUGUUGGAUGUAUACAAAGGGAAGAUUGGUCUGCCAGAACUAGGAUAUGGAUCUGAGGAAGUCAGUGGAAGGAAACUAUUGUGA